AUGCGUCUAUAUCGUGAUCUACUCUACGACUAUAACAAUGAAAUCCGGCCAUCAGUCCAUCCGAAAGAACCCAUAAAUGUCACUUUUGUUUUUUCACUGACUCAGAUUAUUGAUGUGGACGAACGAAAUCAGAUUCUAACGACUAACAGUUGGGUGAGGUUGCAUUGGGUGGACUAUAAGCUUGUAUGGGACCCCAGGUUGUAUCAAAAUGUGACAAGAUUGCAUAUCCCUAGUGAUAAGAUUUGGAAGCCUGAUAUUAUAUUGUAUAAUAACGCCGACGCUCAGUACAUGAAAUCAGUAAUGUCUACAGAUGUGAUAGUAGACUAUCUUGGAAAUAUACACUGGCCAUUAUCAGCAAUUUUCACAUCAUCAUGUCCAUUAGACGUCAAGCACUAUCCAUUUGACAGACAGACUUGUAUUCUGAAAUAUGCUAGCUGGGCGUAUGAUGGAACGAAGAUCGAUUUGUUGUUGAAAUCGGAGCAAGGAGAUAUCACCAACUACAUUACCAACACCGAGUGGAGCCUAAUUGGGAUCCGUGCUGAGAAGAAUCAAGUGAUCUACAGCUGCUGUCCAGAACCCUAUCCAUUUAUCGACGUUCAUGUGACAAUCGAAAGGAGAGCAAUGUUCUAUGUGUUCAAUUUAAUUCUACCAUGUGUUCUGAUCAGUUUGAUUGCUUUGAUGGGCUUCUACAUGCCAACAGAUUCUGGAGAAAAAGUUACACUAGGAAUUACAUCGUUGUUAUCGACCACUGUGUUCCUGAUGCUUGUAGCUGAGGGAAUGCCACCAACUUCUGAAGCACUUCCACUUAUUGGGAUCUAUUACGGAGUUACCAUUAUGUUGGUUGCCUUGGGUACCGCGAUGACGGUGUUUACGGUCAACAUUCAUCAUACCGGAGUCCACGGCUACCCUGUACCACCAUUCCUUCAGAUAUUUGCCUUCCGGUAUCUUUCAAAAAUUCUAUUCGUUCGAAUAGAACCAUACCACUCCAUUGCCCAUCAUGUCAGGCAUAUGUAUCAGAAAGAACACCCCAACGAGUGUACAUUAUCGGCUGGCUUACACUAUAAAAGACUUCAGGAUUUUGAUACAAAGCAGGUCAAAAAGCAAGAAGAGUGUGGAUUGCAGAGGGAUAUGUCAAAUCUCUCCGUAAUUUCUGCCAACGUGCAUUGCAACCCUGACGAUCGUCUUCUGCUAUCCACAAAAUCUUCCAGAAACAUUGACCCGGAAAAAAGUCUCCGAUCCUCGUUAUCGAUAAAGUCUGCAUCACCAACUGUCAAGAAGAAGGUCUCCUUCUCUUCUCUGAACUCUCACGAAACCCCCAUAGACUCUCCAAUCUACGGAAGAAAAUUGGGACGGACCCAAUCACAAACUGCCACGUCAUCUCAUAAUCGGAAUUCGAAUGGAAACGGUGGGAUCACUUCGGAAUCCCAUCCUCCUCAAAAUCCUCCGAAGAUUUCACUAACCGACGUGGAUGAUGUAUUUGAGAAUGAGCAGCAACCGGUGGUAGAUGAAUUUGAGAAGGAAUUUCUGAGAGUCAUGUCUAUGGUGCAUGGAAUCAUUGAGAGAAAUGAGAUGAGGGUGGCUGAAAGAGACAAACGGGAUGCGAUUGCGUUGGAGUGGCAACAGGUUGCCAUGGUUCUCGACCGUUUUCUAUUGGUCGUAUUUCUCAUCGGCACGUCAAUGUCUACAUUUGUAAUUUUGAAUCAAAGGAGUCUAUUCGAAUCGACGGGAUAA